UGGUAAAUUUACCCAAGCUUAGUGGAUUAUGUUUAGUGGUUCUAUCUAAUAAACAUUUGUUUCUGGAAAAUACUGACUUAUGGAUGGACUGUAGUGGGGUUGUGUAUUUAUUAAUGAAAAUAUUUUACAUUAUUUAAGUGAUUUGGCGGUGAGGAAAACGUGUUGUUUUUUUAAAGAUUAGAGACGUUUAUCUAAUGCGUUCCGGCUUUAUACGUGAAUAUACAAAUGAUGACAGGACAUCUCAUAUUAUCUGCAAUUUCAACAAACAGGACACGUUUUGUUAGUUAAUAAUAUAUAUCAAAUUUGAUUAACCUUUAACUUUAAAGAGAAACGGACAAUUGAUUGAUUAAACUGCAGAUAGUGUACGUGAUAAUCUUAAUAAUGGCGGAAGGAAAGCUAGCAAAAUGUUCCAGAUUUCUACUGAUCAUCCUGAAUUUGGUUUUCUGGCUGAUAGGCGUGGUGUUGCUGGGAUGCGGGCUGUGGGUUGUUGCUAGUGACAGUGCCGAAAAGAAAGUCACCGAGUGGCUGCAUAUGUCAAUAGACCAGGACACUCUCAACGCUGUCGGCUACACUGCCGUCGGCAUUGGGGCGUUCAUGUUUCUGAUUGGGUUCGCCGGUUGCUGUGGAGCGAUCCGAGAGAACGCAAUAUUGCUCGGAGGGUAUAUUAUUUUCAUGGUAAUUCUUCUAUGUGGCGAGCUGGCAGCCAUUGUGUAUGUCGCAGUAGAGAGAUCGUCAAUCGAAGCUCAGCUGAAGGUUAAACUUCUUACAGAUGUCAGAAACUACACGUCAUUGUCGAACAAGACCACUGCCCUCGAUCUCCUGCAGGCAAAGGGUCGGUGCUGUGGGGUAGACAACUUCACAGAUUAUAGAGACAAUGUAUUCUUUAAAACCGAUAAACAGAAUUCAAGCGUUCCGAACAGCUGCUGCCAAUCGUACAUGCGAGGAACCAGUUCUAUCCCCGUGGACCGCGACAUGUGUCAGCUGGAGGCAAGACUGGGGCUUCUCAAUGGCUCCCAGCUCUUUACAAAGGGCUGUUUAAAUAGCAUACGAGAAUUGAUAGACGACAACAGCGCUAUAUGGAUCGGUGUGGCGUCUGGGAUUCUCGUCUUAGAGUUGAUCGGCGUGGUUCUCGCCAUAUACCUCUGUAGAAACCGCACGGACUACGACUUUGACUACGACGAGGACCAACUAUGAAGGCAUCACUUUGCGUUCCGUUCGGGAGUCAUCGGCGUGCAGUAUACAAACAUUAAAUCUAAUUAAGAAAAAACACUUAAUUUUUUAAUAAAGUUACUUUACGACGACCAGUCGUCAAAUAGGCCUACAUUUUGCGAACAUAUUUUUCAUUUAAUGCAAAAAUAUAUAAACAGAAAAUGAUUUACAAAUAUAGAUAUAUAAUGUAUUUAGGUAUAUAAAAAUUGUCAUUUUUAAACGAAUUUCGCUUUUGAACAAAUAUAAUGAUUUCUUCUUAAAGAUACCAUAAAAAAAUAUUUGAGAACAGUAUAAUUUUUGUUUCGAGCAAAUGUGGCUAAAAGUUGGUUGCUGGGCACGUCGACCAUGCGUGGCGCGUUCCCAUCUUUGAAACGUCUAGUUAUUGAAUAGUUAUGUACACCUAUUUAAAUUAUUGUAUUUAUAUCGCUAAAAAAUAAAUGUACCAUUAAGAAUUAUCAUGCAAUACAAUUGAUAAUGAAGAUGGUCAAGAUUUAUUUCAGGCGUUAUGAAAAAAAUGACGUUUGAAUAAAUAUAUUUCAUCAGAUCAUGAAACAAUACUAUUUUUGCUCGAAAAAAGAAACUUUGACAGUUUUAAUGUAGAUUUAUUUCAAUGUUAAGUAGAUUUAAUAUACAUCUUAUGUUGUCUGUAUUAGUUUGUUUUAUUAAUAUAGCGUGUUAAUGUGUCGUUUUGUAAAGUGGAAGAGUUGCUAACAUUGAUCUGUUGCGCCACAACUGCGUCCCUUGCUUGAAGAUCAAGGUCAGAAUGUGAGAACCAAAAUGAAGAUUGCAAUGACUUCGCCAUGUAUACUGAAAUAUUAAACUAGACUUGCUAGAUGAUAUAUCUCGUGAGAAGGUGUACUGUGCGCAACACUUGAACCAAUUGCUCGAUCAAAAUUGGAGAUCACGCCGAGAACUUGGAACUGCCAUAUACCAUAUAAACAGCUUGUAUUUUUGUUAUAUUAGACUGUAUCAGUCUGUUUUAAACUCACGUUCAAAAGAUGUUUACCAUAUUUUGACGAUCUCUUGAUUGUAGGUCAAUGCCACACGUAGAGGUAGAAUUCUAAAUAUGUUCCAUAUCUUUUUCUGACCAUAAUGUAUCAGUACUUUAUAAAAUACGCCUACCUUAAAACAAAUGAUCGUCGUGUGAAAUGGCCUAACCAGAGCAUCCUUACUUGAUAGUUAAGAGGUCAUAUUUACGAUGUCACUCAGGGUUUAAUGUUCAUUAUGAGCACAUUACCAAUGUAUAUUCUGUGGGCCAUUUGAUUGACUUCAUAGACUAGUGUGUAAUGUACGGCAAUUUUUCAAAUAGAGUGAUUAUAUUGAUAAACUACCAUGAUAUUUAUUUGAAGAAGUUGAUGUUAUGAUCUUGAUUUGUUAAAUAUCAUGCAUAUAUUGUCGAUUGAUUAAAUUCCUGUUUCAUUAAGAAACAUUGCAGUUAUAAGUAAUCAUUUAAUAUUGUAUCUAUAUAUGAUUAUAAAGAUAAAAUUCAUUAAUUCUACUUAAAAAUUAUAAAGGACGUCUACAUAUCUCCGCAUCUGAAUUUGAAUCAGGAUGUUUUACACAAUUUACGGAUUUGCAUGUAUCACUCGUGCUGUGAAAAUGUAAUUAUUUCACUAUAAAGUAUGUUUCAGACAUAUCCACAUUAUGGCGGAAACAAUCUUUACCACAAUAUCGUCGGCAU